GUGGGAAUCCGGCCUGGCCUUCCUGCUCGAUCUUACAGGUUCCUAGGAUUUAACAGCGGACCACAGAGAGAUCGAAACUGUGCCGUGGCUGUCACAAGUCACCCUAGUACUAAGGAGACAGACGGGGUUGUAGUAAGUUCAAGUCUAGCCUGGGCUACAGUAAGAGACCCAAUCUCAAGCCAACAAUUAACAGCCAAAGAAAGGAAUACGUAACAAAUACAGUAAGGUAGAGUUUCAAGGGUCUGUGCACCCCUUGACCUGAUCAGCGCUUGCACAACCGGGGAACUGUGUUGUGGCCACUGGAACCCUCCAAAUUGACUGUUUCUCUCACCUCUUUAUAAAGGCUCCUAGGCCCGGCUAAAAAGGUUGAGAAAGAGAAAAAAAGGGAGGGAAAAUGGAAGAGGGUGAGGACCCCUUGUGGGUCUCAAUUUUUCAUCUGAAGUAUUGUGAAGAAUCCAAGCGCUCGCUGCUCUGGCUCGAAGCCGUUCCUGUCGCUGGCGUGCGCUGGGCGGAGCAUGCAAAUGAAGACGCGGCCGGGUCUCCGCGGAACUCUGGGAGCGAAAAGCUCAACAAAACUUUGUCGGCCUACUUGGAUCGCUCAGGCUUUUCCCGGCGUAAACUGGUGGAGAGGGUAGAAGAGGAGUGUAGGUGUCGGGCGCAUGUCUGCGGGCGCGCGAACGUCGGUGACCGUGAGUUGAAGUUUCACAGUCCUUAGAACCUUUGUUCAAAGCCAGGGAUGUUUGCCCAGUUCCUAGUUGGAGGCGGGUCCCCAUUUGAUGAUUUGUAAAAAGCUCACUGCAUUUUCCUGAGCUGCCACUGCCUGCCAUUCCUUACGGACUGCGACCUUUGAGGCUGGAGGCCGCUGUAGCACUGAACUCUGGCUCGUGCAGACAGGAUCAGUUUCCAGCACCCAUGUGAGGCAGUCACCAGUCUCAAAUUCUGGCUCCAGGGAAUCUGACACCUUCUACUGAUAACAUGGGCAUAUACUGACACACACGUAUACACCACCCGUGUUCUGCAGCUCCCAAAUACCUGUAACUCCAGUUCCAGGGGAUCUGACGCCCUCUUCUGGCCGUUGUGGACACCAAGCAAGAAGCAAGCAAGCAAAGCAGAAAGGGCGAAGGAGAAAGGCAUUGGAGAUGGCUCAGCGGUUAAAAGCGCCUACCCUAAAACAUGAGGACCCUAAUUGAUCCCUGAGACCCACACACUCUUGCAAGUUGUCCUGACUUCCCCCUCAAGUUGCGUAUGGCUUACAUAUGUGCACGUUAAUUUUUUUUUUAACUUGUGGGGAAAAAAGAGACAACCCAGCCUGUAACUACCUGCCGGUUCAAGGCCGCCUCUCGCUGGCCUCCUCUGGAGCUCCAGACUUGCUCCUGAGGUCUACCCUGCAUCCUAGCUCGCCAUGGGGAACCACUUGACUGAAAUGGCACCUACGGCCUCAUCCUUUCUGCCACACUUCCAGGCACUGCAUGUUGUGGUCAUUGGGUUGGAUUCCGCCGGGAAGACUUCCCUUCUUUACCGCCUCAAGUUCAAGGAAUUUGUCCAGAGCGUCCCCACCAAGGGCUUUAACACCGAGAAGAUCCGAGUGCCCCUGGGGGGGUCCCGUGGGAUCACUUUCCAAGUGUGGGAUGUUGGGGGUCAGGAGAAGCUUCGGCCACUGUGGCGCUCCUACACCCGCCGGACAGAUGGACUGGUGUUUGUGGUGGACUCCGCAGAGACUGAGCGGUUAGAGGAAGCUAGAAUGGAGCUACACCGGAUCAGCAAGGCUUCCGACAACCAGGGGGUGCCGGUGCUGGUGCUGGCCAACAAGCAGGACCAGCCGGGGGCACUAAGCGCAGCGGAGGUGGAGAAGAGGCUGGCAGUCCGAGAGCUGGCAGCCGCCACGCUCACCCACGUGCAGGGCUGCAGUGCUGUGGAUGGGCUGGGCCUGCAGCCGGGACUAGAGCAUUUGUAUGAGAUGAUCCUGAAGAGGAAGAAGGCACCCCGGUCGAGCAAGAAGAGACGGUGACCCGCGGCUGCCCCUACCCUACGUGCUAGGGGUCAGUACACAUUAUAGUCAGGCAGGGCCCGUGACCUCUCAGCCAGCCUGGGCGCUGGACCUGUCCACCUCAAAGGACUGAGGGAGCAUAGGUGGCCCUGUGUGCCACAUGGGGGAGGGAAGAUGAAGGUGUCUUCACUGCCCUUCACCUGCAGAGGGUAGGGGCUGCAAGACUGGAGACAUAUGUAAAUGCUAACUGGCCCCGGCGCUCCUUUCCCUGCCCUAGCGUUUUAUUUGGAUAUAUAUUUUUAUCUUUGCAGGGGGAGGGUGUGUAGAAGGUUGUCCAGAGACUGCAUUUAGGGGGGAACCGAGAACAUCUUUCCGCUCUCCACAAUUGAGGAGAGGGGUCUUCUCAGCUGCUCUUCUCAUCACAGUCUUUCUGUGUCUGUGAAAGUGCCAAGAAUUCUCCCCACGUUCGAAGAUCCCUGUCCCUUUUUUUAUAAACCUCGAGUGUCCUCUGUAUUACUGUUUUGUCGUUUUUGGGUUUUUUUUUUUUUUUUUUUUUUUUUUAGUAUUUGCCUGUAAGUUAUUAAAGUUGGAUGAUUCUA